UCUUUUACUUCUAGAUUAGUUGCCGUUUGUCAGCGAAUCGCUGUGGUCGCCUUGGAAAUGGGUAGAAUAUGUUCUGGAAUUGCUCUUGGCCUUCUGCUAAUUUGCCCACUAUUGCUGUUCAGCGCAAUUGCCGAUGAGGGAGUUCAAAGUUCGCGUAUAUUGGCCGUGUUUCCCUUUCCCGGCCGAUCGCAGUACAUUUUUGGAGAGCAGUUUUUGAAGGAACUGGCCCAUCGGGGUCACAAUGUCACCGUGAUCAAUACAUUUGGCAGCGAUGAAAUCCAUCCCAACUUUCGGGUGAUUGGUGCAAAAAAAAUUCACGAAAUUAUGGCGGCAUUUGGGAAUGCCGAUUACAAUCAGGCGGCAAGUCAAUGGAAAGUGUUGACCAUGACAACGAAGUUUCUCAAUCUUCUGACCACAAGUAUCCUUGAUGAUCCGGCUGUAAAGGAUUUGCUGCACAGCGGCGAGAAAUUCGAUCUGGUUGUUAUGGAAACGGUGCAAACCGAAGCACUCUUUGGCAUUGGACAGCAUUUUGGAGCAGAGACCAUAGGUAUCUCAUCGUACGGCACAGAUACACACAUCGAUAAAUUAAUGGGCAAUAUAUCACCAUUGUCCUACAAUCCAAUCCUGCUGUCAUCGCAAACGGAGCGAAUGGUUUUCGCGGAUCGUCUGAGAAAUGUUUUUAAAGCCUCUGUAAUGUGGCUGCACAAGAGUAUUGUCCAUCUGCCGACUCAACGGGAACUGUAUGCGAAAUACUUUCCAAUGGCCACGAAGUCAUUGGAUGAAGUUUUGGACAGCUUUUCGCUAAUGUUGCUGGGCCAGCACUUUUCUCUAAGCUAUGCACGCCCCUAUUUGCCCAAUAUGAUCGAGGUGGGCGGACUGCAUUUGCAACAGCGGCGAAAGGUGCACCCUUUAGAAAAGGAAUUGUCGGAAUUGGUAGAGCAAUCAGAAAAGGGUGUAAUCUACUUCUCCAUGGGCUCCAACAUCAAAAGCAAGGACAUUCCGCUAGCCACACGAAAAGUUCUAAUGGAAACCUUUGCCAGUCUGCCACAAAGAGUUCUGUGGAAAUACGAGGAUGAUCAGUUGCCCGAAAAACCGAGUAAUGUUUUCAUCAGCAAGUGGUUCCCCCAACCCGAUAUUCUGGCCCAUCCGAAUGUUAAGCUAUUCAUCACACACGGAGGUCUAUUGAGCACCAUCGAGAGUAUUUACUUUGGCAAACCCGUACUGGGAUUGCCCAUUUUCUACGAUCAGCACAUGAAUGUUCAGAGGGCCAAGCAGGCGGGCUACGGUCUCAGUGCGGAUAUAUGGACUGCCAAUGCCACAGUGCUCACGUAUCUGAUCCAGGAACUCCUGGAUAAUCCCAGUUAUGCGGCCACAGCUGAGAAUAAAUCCAAAUUAUUCCGAGAUCAGAAGGAAACCGCUUUGGAGCGGGCCGUUUGGUGGACCGAGUACGUGUUGCGGCACAAGGGCGCCAAACACUUGAGAUGUGCCUCGCGGGAUCUGAAUUUUAUUCAGUUCCACGGACUGGAUACCUGGGGGCUGCUCAUCGCAGUUGCUUUUGCGUCCAUACAGAUCGUCAGAACUGCGCUUAAUUGCUUACAAAGGGGUUUCGCUUAUAUAAUCGCAAAACGUCGUCAGGGGCCUAGUAAAUUGAAGACCCAGUAACCAUUUAAAGUCGAUUAACCAUUUGAGUUUAUGCCGCCACCGAGUUUAUGGUAAACCUUAUAUGUUAAACCUUUAAGUAGGAUACACCUGCUGUAUUUGUUCUGUUACAAGCACCUGUGAACUUAGUAAUAAUACUAAGGAUAGUUGUAUUAAUAAAUUAAAUAUCUAAAAAUA